GAGGCAGCCUGGUUGGGAAACACUGCACUAAUUCAUAGUCUUACGUAUCAAACAUGGCCGCCCGGGGCUACCGGAAGACAACUAUUCCAGUGCGGGUCAUGUGAUUGCGACUUCCGGUCAGCUGACAGCAGAGAAGACAGUCUAGGAAGCUGGAGGUUUCUGGUGACUGUGCAGAGAAAACAUGGCGGAGGACUUAAGACGGUUCCUGUACAAAAAGCUUCCAAGUGUUGAAGGACUCCACGCCAUUGUAGUGUCAGACAGAGAUGGUGUUCCUGUGAUUAAAGUUGCUAAUGAGAAUUCCCCCGAACAUGCUCUACGGCCAUGUUUCCUCUCCACAUUUGCUUUGGCUACUGACCAGGGAAGCAAGCUGGGACUCUCCAAAAACAAAAGCAUCAUCUGUUACUACAACACGUAUCAGGUCGUCCAGUUCAACAGAUUGCCAUUGGUUGUGAGCUUCAUAGCUAGCAGCAAUGCCAAUACAGGUCUAAUCCUAAGUUUAGAAAAAGAGCUCGGUCCCCUGUUUGAGGAGCUGCGGCAAGUGGUGGAGAAUUCCUGAUCUGUGUGGUCCUAACAAAUAAAUCCUGAACUUUUGGGGUGACAAAAAGUUGCCAUUUCCAAAGCAAUCAAAUGCUUAGCACUUGAUGUAGGUCCUCCAGUGCACUGAAUAAUGUUCCUUUCUGCUAUGGAAAUGGAAGACCUCUUCUGUAGUUGUAGCAAGGGUAUGUCUGACUUCACCCAGAAGGAGGAGUUACCUACUGUUAAGAAAACAUUUGUGGCUACUCUGGGUCAUUUACCGACUAGUUCCUUGCAUAGCAAGAUACUUGCAAGUAAACUGUAAAUUGAUAAGAGAUUUGAUUGAUAUGUGUAUUGGUUGUUUUUCUUAAUUGCUUCUGCUAACCAAAUCCACAUUAAACAUUAACUUGCUAAAAAUGGA